AUGAUGGAUCCGUCCAAGGCCCGUCCGCUUGAGGCACUAGACUUUCGCUUCCGUCCCCUGGCGCCCCUGGCCCUCGCGUGGUCGUGCGACGCAGAGCUGGCCGUCGCCUUGGACGACGCCAUCCACGUCCUCAUCCCCGAGUACCCCAAGGAAAAGAGCGGCGGCGGCGACAAUGACGCGGGCUUCGACGAGGCCCUGCUGCAGCCGCAGUUCUCGCUGUCGCUGCAGGUGUCGGGCAUCUUCCGGCCCGAGCCGUCCAUCAACGCCAAGCUGUGCGCGGCGGCGGGCGUCGUGCUGCCGGCGCGCGGCGCGGGCGACGAGUUCCGCUUCCGCGGCGUCGGCCACGGCCUGCUCUCGCGGAGCGGCGCGGCGCUGGGCCAGACGGUCCGCGUCGAGUGGUCGCCCAGCGGGCUGGGGCAAAACCUGCGGCCCGUGCUGGCGGCGCUGACGACAAACGGCGGCGUCGUGACGCUGGGCGAGCACAUUGAUCCCGCGUCGACGGUUGCGUCGGGCGCCACUGCGCGCUCGUUCAAGAACUGGCGCGUGCUCUGGGGCCUCGGCGCGCUCUUGCCGGUCCCGGACGGGACGCGCAAGGAGGGGUUUCGCGAGAUGGAGGACAAGAUUGUGGCCUUUUCGUGGGCUAGGGAGGUUCUUCCUGGCAGGGCUCUGCUGGCCUACGCAAACGAUGCCGGGAGGAUUGCCAUCAUGGGAGUCCAGCACUUUCCCGGCCGGCGAGAGGAGGAGGCAUCCCAGGGGCACGAGUCCGUCUGGCAGUUGCGCGAGCUGGCCCGGUUCGACGGGCGAGGGCCUCACAAGGUCCUGGACCCCCAUGAUCCCGAUUUCGUUCCCUUUGGCAGCGCCUUCAGUCUCAAGUGGAGCCCGUGGCACGUCUCGCCCGACUCCCGAACCGCAACACUGGCCUACAUCGCCCACAACUACGUCGGCUUCCGCCGCAUCACCAUCACCGGCGCCUGGGAGCGGGCGCGCAACCCGGCGCUGCGCGUGGAGCAGACGGACACGACGGCGUUUUGCAUGAACCUCGGCCCGGAUGCCUUUGUCGAGUGGGAAGAUGCUGUAUGGCCAGACGGCUCCCAUGGCCAAACGGCGCGCGGCAUCAUCGCAACGCCCUUUGUGCCCAAGCCGUUCCAGGUCGAUCUCUGCGCGGGCCCGAGCAAGCCGAUGGCGCCUCACGCCACCUCGCAGUGCGCGACGGUGUAUCCCGCGGACGAGGACGCCUCGACGAAUCCAAUCACCGGCCUCGUCGUCCACAGGCCCGAUCCGCACGAUAAGCCCGCCGCGCCGCGCUACACCAUGGUGCGCCUCUCGGCCACGGCCGCGACCCGCGACUGGUACCGGACCAACGUGCCCGAGGACGCCGCCGCCGCCGGCUCCCCGCGUCUGCCGCAGUGGGCCGAGUACGUGCGCGCCCAGACGGCCCGCGUGGUGCCGCGCCUCGCCGCCAUGCAGGGCGUCGACUCGGACUCGGAGUCGGAGGACAUGGAGGACGAGUACCUCCUCGGCGACGGCCGCCGCCCCAUGUCGCGCGUCCACCCGCACCGCUUCCGCCUCUGGGGCCUCGCCGCCUCCCCCGGCGACGCCUGCUCCGCCGUCCUCGUCACCAAGCACAGCACCCACCACCCGCACCGCCGCGCCCUGUCCAAGCUGCUCUUUGCCUGGCCCGAGAGGGGCGACCCGCCGCCGCCGCCGCCGCCGACCGCCGCCGCGUCGCGCCCCCGCCUCACCACCGAGGGCCGCCUCUGGGAGGCCGUCUAUGGCUGCCAGGGGAGCGUCGCCGACAUUGUGCCCACCGCGGGCGCCGCCGCCGCCCCGGCCCUGCCGAGCCCCCUUCGCGACCUGUUCCGCGACGUCGUUUCGCUGCAGCGCUGCGUCUUUUGCGUCGCCCCGCUGCGCAUCUCCUUUGACGAGUCGGCGUGCGAAAACGGCCACUUGUUCGCUACCUGCGCCGCCUCGGGCCUCGCCAUCAUGGCCCCGGGCGUGUCGCGCCUGUGCGCCGUGUGCGGCCUGCGCUGCCUCAAGGUCGGCGAGCUGGCCGCCCUGGCGCGCCGCCUCGUCGGGCCCGAUGCCGUCGUCGACUCGACGGGCGACGUGUGCGGUGGGUGCGGGGGCAAGUUCGUCGCCUAG